CAGAGCCAAGUUACAAGUGGGGCGGAGGGAUUUCUAAGCGGUAAGAGAAGAAAGUCGAAGAACUUGAAAAAUGGCAUCGGUAAAAAGUUCGAAUGUUUCCGUCGAACCUUUCGAUGGACGUGGCGAUUUUACUUUGUGGCAACAACGAGUAAAAAGUGUUCUUACUCGGGAAGGGACAAUCAAAGCUAUGAAGGUGAAGGUUCAGAGGAUAGAAAAAAUGACGGAUGCUGAGUGGGCCAAACAUCGGAAGAACGACAAACCGGAAAAAUUGUCGGAAGAAGAGUGGGAGGAUUUGAAGGACAUGGCAACAAGUACAAUAUGCCUAUGCCUUGCAAAUAAUACUCUUCGGGAGGUUCUCGGUUUGACGGACCCGGUAGAUAUUUGGGACAAGCUGGAGAGCCGGUACAAGUCGAAAUCGUUGACAAGUAGGCUAUACUUGAAGAAACGAUUGUUUGGUCUCCAAAUGGCGGAGGAAGCUAACUUUAAUGGACACUUGGAUGAAUUCAACAAGAUUACAACAGAGUUGGAAUCCAUUGAUGUGAAGAUUGAAGAGGAGGACAAGGCGCUGCUUUUGUUGGCUUCAUUGCCUUCAUCUUUUGACAACAUCGUGACCACGCUUUUGUUUGGAAAAGAGACCUUAAAAUUUGAUGAAGUAGUUGCUGCGUUGUUGAUGAACGAGACUCGGCGGGGUGGCAACGGGGUAUCAAAUGACGGUCAAGCUUUGGUAGCAAAAGGAGCUGGUCGGGAACGAAGACGGUCUAAAGAGAGGGGCGACGCGUCCCAACGCUUCAAAUCGAGUAGUAAAAGCUUUCGGUGUUACUACUGCGAUGAAGAGGGUCAUUUCAAAAGGGAUUGUCCAAAGAGGAGGAAGGAAAAGAAGGACGGGAAAACACCCGUGACUGCGGUUGCAGAAAGUUCGAACCAAGCAAGUGAAGAAGACUUGUUUUUGGCAACCACAAAGAGUCUAGGUAAAUCGGAUUGGAUAUUAGAUUCGGGUUGUUCGUUUCACAUGUGUUCAAUUAAGGAACAGUUUGAUACGUAUCAAACUUGUGAUGGGGGUGCUGUGAAGAUGGCAAAUGGUGCACGAAGCAAGAUUGCAGGGGUCGGAACAGUGCAAGUUCGCAUGUUUGAUGGCGUGGUGAGAACAUUAACUGGAGUGAAACAUUGGCCAGUGGUGAGCUUUGUGUCAUCUGACCGAAGCAUGUCAUCUCACCAAGUAUAUGGUCAUGCACUACCAUUCGGUGGAGAACGGGUUCAGAUUGCCCCUCCAUGGUCUGGUUCGCGAUAUCUACCACCAUUUUGGGUUCCCCCUGGUCAACUAACUGCGAACGCGCACAAGUAUGUCGCGUCCUACAUCUUGCGAUGCUGUGCCCUGGACAGGACCCCCAUGCUGGACGAAUUUCUUGUCCUUUUCAGCAUCGGCGGGGCUUUCCCUUACUAUAGCCUGUUUCCUCAUCCCCAGUCUCCAAUUUUUGAGAGGGUCGAGUCCAAAAACGACAAAUGGGCCCGCCGUUACUUCGUCAUUGAGUUCCCGGUUCAUAGCCCUAUAGACCUACCGGGUGUAGUACGCCGUAGUUCCAUCUCUCGGACACUGUUCGCUGCUAUACCCCUGGCGGAGGCAGCAUACAAUGCCUUGAGAGGGAAAGGGGGUUUGAUUUCACAUCACUCCCUUCAGGACGCCCGGUUGUACAAGAAGGCGGACUUCUACUACCCUCUUGGCCCCGACCCCAUCCCGUUUGAAGGGGUAUCUUCCCCUGAAAGGUCAAAGGCUCCUCCCGUUGUGGAAUCCAAUCCAUCCGAGAGUUCCUCCAGGAACCAGGCCCAAGGCAACACUACUGCCUUGGCCAUUUGCAAGCCGACUGCUGCCCUGGAUGUCGUUCCCAUCUCCGCCAUUCCUGGGCUAAGGAAACCCACACCGUCCCAGAAGCGGCCACGGGAAGGGGUCACUGACGAUGAUUUCCUUCCCAAGAAGAGUAAGGGUGACGGUACUCCUGCUUCGCCCAUCCCCCUGACUGCCUCUUCUAGUACUCAGAACACCACCCCUGCUGCCGCAUCCGGAGGUUUGGAGUUACCCAACCUGGAUAGCUUAGAUCAUGAGAUAGAUGAACUCCCAGACCAAACACCGCUCAAGAGACCAAUAGUGCAGCCCCAGCCCGCUGCGGACAAUACCUCCCCACCAACUGCAGCUACCUCCCAAGGGGUGGAGGAAGAAGCUGAGGGGCAGAAGGAGACGGAAGCUUCCCCAGAUACAGAGAGAGAGACUGGGAAACCGCAGGAACCGGAGGAACAGCGUUCCGCCGCGGCACCCCCAGCCUUCAGUCUCCCCAUCCGGCGUAAGUUCACGCCACAGACCUAUCCUGUCUUCAAAGAAGGUUGGGCAGGUUUUUCUCGUGGUUUGCGUUCCCUGCAAGCCUCCCACUGGACUAUUCAGGCGAACCUGGAGAAGAUGAGGGAAUCAGUGCAGGAGCCCACAACUCCCCAGGCACGCCCGGACCUGCUUGCACUCAAUGCAUUACACUCCAUGGAGCAGAGGAUGCGCAAGGCCAGACUUGGGCGUUCCUUUCCGCCCGCAGAGGCAGAACUUUUGCGUGAAAGCCGGACAGCUUCUCCAAAUCUGCCAAAGUCUCCCAAUGAUGGUUCUUCAGUUGGAGCACCUGCCCCCCAACCUGGGGCGUGGGAAGACUAUGACAUGGAUGAAGCUGAUGAUUCCGCCGCGUGUCCUUCGUCAAAGAGAAGGAGCCCAUGGAGGGGGCCCCCACCCCCUUCUAGUUGACUGCAUGGGUGCAACUGGCCCUCCUUCAGUGCCUAGCCCCCUGCAAAUCAAUUUUCUUUUCUUGUUUCAUUUCAAGUGGCAUUCACGUGUUUGGUCCGGGAGUUUUUCCUGCGUCUCAUGCCAAGGAAUGUCCUUU